CAUGUCAAAAAGUAACUCUCAUUUCUAAAUGCGACAUUCUAACUUCACGCAUGUGUGCAUAUACAUGUAUGCAAAGACACAAACACAUAUAACAAGCCCCUCUACAUCCAACAAGUUUUCUACAUCCACACAAAAAAGGUUUUCCGAACAUAAGCACACAUUUACAGACAUGGAUGAUCUUGAGUUAUUACAAGAUCUGUCCCAAUUCAACUUCCCAGCAACCAUCAAGAUCCCAUCUAAAACCUCUAAAGACAACAAAGACGGCGAUGGUGAUAACGACGAGGUCUUUAGCUGCAGCACACCCACAUCUCAAGAACACAAGAUUCCUUCUGUCCACGAUUCUCCACCUCCCCCGCCGCGAAAACCUCGUGCACUGCCUUCAAAACCGUCGCCAACAGCGGCUCUGAUGAUCAGAUCGUGUAAGAGGAAGCUCUUAGUGUCAACUCCUGAGAUUAUCAUGAACAAGGAAGAGAUUGACCGUUUCUUCUCCUCUGUCUAUAGUGACACGUCAACGACGGCUAAACGGCGGAGACGUUAUCUUUAUUGUGCGCGAAGAUGAGCCUUUAGUUCAAGAUUUACAUUUUCUACAGUUUUACUGGAAAUAUUGUGAACUCUCAUAUAGUAUAAAUUAAAAACCUUAUUAUAAGUAUUUUUAAUUUUCAAAAUGGAUGGAUAAUUUUCUGUAGCCGCAUAUUAAUUCCGCAUGGAGGGGUCGUUGUUGUAAAUUCCGUAAUAAAUGAAAUUUAAUUCCAAUU